UAACGACGCCAUUGUUGUUUACAACGUCAAAGCCUAAAGGACGUAAUUUAUUGUGAAAUGUCAUAUGAAUGUGUUUUUUAAUAAUUUUGUGUGUGCGUAAGCGUGUGUAUCAAUAAGCCAAUUUUAUUAAUAUUUUAUAAAAUGAGUUCAUCAACCGAGGACACUACAACUGCGGCGCCAAAAGAAAUGACAUUUGCAGAGAAGCAAGCUGAGAGAAUGAAAAGAUUGCGUUCACUGCACACGGCCAGGAACGAGGCCAGAACCCACAACCACCAAGAAGUAGUUGCAGAAGAGGCUAGGAAUAAGCUGCCUCCGAAUUACGAAGCCAAGCGACGGCAGGCUGAGUGGCUUGUCGAUGAUCAGAAAAAACGCGAAGAAGCUGAGAAAGAAGGGAAAAGCUAUGACAGAGUCAAACUUCUGAACAUAUCAGCAGCAGAGGCGGAGAGAUUAGAUCGUAAGAAGAAAAAAAAGAACCCCGAUCAAGGCUUUUCGACAUACGAGCAAGCAACAAUCCGCCAGUACAAUAGACUUAUUAAGAACAUGCCAGCUGUGGACAUGGAAAAAUAUGAAAAGCAGAAGGAACAAUAUGGCGACGCGUUUUAUGGCGGACCCAAUGUGAUAAUACAUGGCAUGCACAAGGACAAGAAAGAGGCAGUGGACAAAAUGGUGGAUGACUUGGAAGGCCAGAUUGCGAAAAGAGCUAAAUACUCAAGAAGGAGGACCCAUAAUGAUGAUGCAGACAUUGAUUAUAUUAACGAAAGAAAUGCCAAGUUCAACAAGAAGUUGGAGAGGUUUUAUGGGGAGCAUACAGCAGAGAUCAAACAGAAUCUGGAACGUGGUACUGCUAUAUAAAAUAGUAGAUCUGUCGUGCCAAUGUAAAUUACUAAUAUUAAAAUAAGUGAUAUUAAAUAAGUUUCCUACUCAA